AUGUAUCACGACAAUCCUUCUGCACGCUCUCCGGGCUCCCAGCGUCACCAGCAGCCUCUGCACCGUCAGCCUUCUCGUCAGUUUGACGCGUACGGUCCGAUGCCGACCAACUUCUACGACGAUCCCAUGGCUCGUUACGACACGAGCAGGCUGGACAGGCUCAACCCAUCGAUCCCUAGCAACGCGUAUGGGUAUGAUAUCUCGGGUUCGCAGACGUGGAAUCCAAAUGGCUUCAGCGGUGCACACACGCUUGGGGGUAUUGGCUCUGCAACAUCCCGCAUAAAGCACAAUCCGCGAGGGAGGACGGGUCUGCCAACGACAUGGCUUGACCAGCAGCCUGGUCUCAUGGGUCCCUUUGGCAGUCUCCCCCCGGGUCCCCUUCAGGGAUCGCAGAUGCGACAGGAAUCUUCGCAGCAGGAGGCUGACGACGAGUUGAUCCCCACCGCCAUAGUGAUCAAGAAUAUCCCAUUUGCUGUGAAGAAGGAGCAGCUGGUCCAGUUGAUGACAGAGAUGAACCUGCCUCUCCCUUACGCCUUCAACUACCACUUCGACAAUGGCGUCUUCAGGGGACUGGCUUUCGCCAACUUCACGUCUGCGGAAGAGACUGCUACCGUGAUUGAAGUGCUCAACCAUUUCGAGCUGCAGGGCCGAAAGCUGAGGGUGGAAUACAAGAAGAUGCUACCCCUUCAGGAGCGUGAGCGUAUUGAACGGGAAAAGCGCGAGCGCAGAGGCCAGCUGGAGGAACAGCACCGACCGAUGGCGAACUCCCAGCUGCAGAGUCAGAACUCGAUGUCCUCGCUCACCUCUCAUAUUCCGGCAACUUCCCCGUCUCCGGUCUCUCAGCGGGGCCCGAAGCUUGAAGUCGAUCUGAAUGACAGCCAGACCUUGCAGUUCUAUUCGCAGCUUCUCUUGUUCAAGGAAGACUUGAGCCGGGAAGCUUUGAUUUUCCCUGCCUCCAUCACUCCGUUGCAGCGUCGCACUGUACAUACUCUGGCGCACAAUAUGGGUCUGGGACACGCAUCCCGGGGUUCUGGAGAGCAGCGUCAGGUUCAUGUCUUCAGGGCUGCUCCUGGUACCAAUACCAGCCCUCCCCUCUCUUCGAUCCCACCGACGGUGCACUCUGCGGAUGCCUCUCGUCGCGGUCUCAACCGCGCUGCCACGAUCGACUUCAGCGAAGCUCGAAGCGACGCUCCGUUUGGCGCGCUCCGGGGACAGAACUCUGGGUUCCUCGGUGUCCUAGAUUCCCCUGGAGGUUUUGGAAAUGCCCAGAAUCUGCGGGCCGCCAAGUCUUUUGCAGACCUGCGCUCCUACACUCCCUCUCCCGUACCUUCCUCUGCCAGCUUCCCCGCUGCUCUUCAGUCGAAUGGAGCCCGUCUGCAGCAAUUCGAUGGACCGACGAGCGGCGCUUCUAACACUCCCACUUUGACAUCCGCUCCGUCCGGGUCAUCCUUGGGCCUGCAGCGGGAUGACAAUCUGCUGGUCAACAGCUUGAGUGGUCUGUCGCUCGGAACCGGAAUUGGAGGCCCUCCUUCGGGUAGCCCUCGCAGAUUGCGAGGCAUGUUCUCCUGGGAGCAGCAGGAUAACCAACCAUCGACUGGCCCCAUUGGCAGCAACCGCUCUAUUGGAGUUGGUUUUGACAACCAGUCCCAGGAGCGCAUGCCCGUGAGACAGCCUCGGGGCCCGGCCCCCGAACGCGGAACUGGAUUCAGACGUCAGAAUGGUGGGCACCAGAGUCGCGGUAGUGACGAGCUCCGUGCUAAUUCCGGCGUGGAGAUAAUUGUUGAAUAA